AUGGAUAGCUUAAAGUACCGAUCAAAUGCUGUAUUAAUUUGCCGAGUAUUUAGUCAAGCUAUCAGAAACUAUUCUCAGAAAUCGGGCAAAAAGGACUUGACCAAAGGGUUUGUCAGACAUAAACUGAAAAAUGAUCUUGUGGGGACCAAAAAACAUGUUAAGACGGGCAAGAGCUCUUCAGAUAACAAUGAGGUGUUCCACUAUGGUAGUUUUGGAGGGCUCAAGGAAAUAGAUCCUUCUGAAAAUCAGAAAACAAUAGGAGCUCUGAAAAAAAUCACUGAAUUCGAACAACUGAAGAUCUUACCAGAGGUACGAAGUGCAUUGCAACAAGUUAUCGCAGACGAAUCCAUUGCCGUACGAAAAUCAAAAAGCGAACCUUUGGAUGUAAGGCCUUCCCCAAUUCAGGUUGCUGUCGCCCAGAGACUGUCCCGGACACUAAUGGACAAACAGCUUCAGAUCACUACAAUAGCAGCAGAAACGGGCUCGGGAAAAACCAUGGCGUACUUGGUGCCUCUAUUCGAUUACCUCAAGCGCGUCGAGCAGGAAACGCCUGAAAACUGGGAUCUCAUCAAGGACAAAGCCAUCGUCCGAUCCGUUAUUCUGGUACCCACGCACGAGCUCGUCGAGCAGGUUUACAGGACCGUAAGUCGCAGUGCUGAAAAACUGGGACUCAACGCAUUUCGCUGGAAUAUGAACACAUCUUACAGUGACUUUAUAGACGCUGUCAAAAACCGCAUAGAUGUCAUGGUCACGACGCCGGGGAAAAUUCUGAACAUGUUCAAAGUUCGGAUCAUCAAUAGGCCCGAUCGACUACUGUCGGGGGUCAAAUUUGCAGUAUUAGACGAAGCCGACACGCUAAUGGAUAGAUCGUGGCUCGAAGAAACCCACUGCGCAAUCCAGACGUUCCCAAACGUAAAUCACUUAAUGUUUUGCUCCGCUACGAUUCCGAACGAAUUCAGCAAGACCAUGGAACGGCUCUUCCCAACUCGCAAGUCAAUAACAACCCCCAAGCUGCACAAAAUAUCGCAAAAAAUUGAUUUCAAACUGGUCGACGCAAGUCUCAACCCUUACAAGGGUUCCAAAAUGAAGGUAUUGGCUCAGAUUCUUUAUGCGAUUAUGAAGGACGGUACGGAAGAAGGGUUCGAAAAGCGAUGCGUAGUUUUCGUUAACGAGAAAAAGGACGCCAAGAAAGUGGAAGAACAAUUGAGCGCCAAAUAUGGCCACGAUUGCGUUAGCUUGACGGGUGAAGACACCGUGGAAGAACGGCUGGAAAAGAUAGAAGUUUUUGUGAGACCUGCGAGGCCUCUAGAGUCUCUCGAGCCUAAGACGACACUUGCAGAGCCCUCUAACGAAAAGGAAGUGUUUUUGCCCAACUCGAACAUAAGAAUGAAUAACACGAAACCAGCCUCUAGUAGCCCUAGGAAGGUUUCUCUCAAAAUUUUGGUGACAACUGAUCUCAUGGCAAGAGGAUUAAACUUUCAUGGCAUUAGAAACAUUAUCCUUUACGACGUGCCCAAAACAUCGAUUGAUUUAGUCCAUAGGGCAGGAAGGACCGGCAGAAUGAUGCAAGGCGGUAGGGUCUUUAUGAUCACGGACAAAAAAACCAAAUCUUGGGCGAAGGCGAUACCGAAAAUCGUUAGGAAUAAUAAAGCUUUAUCAUAA